GAGAAGCGCAGGGCGGCGGCCGAGGCGCUGCGGCUGCUGCGGCCCAAGCAGGCACUGCGGCGCCUGGCGGUGCGCGUGGACCCAGCCAUCCUGGAAGAUGCUGGUGCUGACAUCCUGAUGGAGGCCUUGGGCUCCCUGGGCUGUGAGUACCACAUCGAGCCCCAGCGCCCUGCCCGGAGCCUCGGGUGGAGCAGAGUGAAGCCAGAACCUUGCCCCUGCAGUGUGCCUCCUGAAGUAUGGGCUGCGGGUGAGCAGGAACUUCUGCUGCUGCUGCUGGAGCCUGAGGAGUUUCUGCAGGGUGUCUUCCAGCUGACCCAGAUCUGUGGCCCAGCCUGUUCAGUGCCCUGGAUCUCUCCUGAGAGCCCCACCUGCCUUCACCUGGCUGUCAUCGGGCUGGAUGCCUACCUGUGGUCUCACCAGCCCAAUGCCCAGGAGAUGCAGCAGCCAGAGUGUCCAGGGGUAGCCCGUGCAGAGGUGGCGGUCGGCUGGCCUGAAGUGGAGGAGGCCCUGGUGCUCCUGCAGCUCUGGGCAAACCUGGAUGUGCUGCUGGUGGCCUCCUGGCAGGAGCUGAGUCAGCACGUGUGCGCCUUCACUAAGGCCCUCGCCCAGCGCCCCUUCAAGCAGUUCCAAGAGUCCGGGACCUUUUCCUUCUGCACAGCUGGGCGCUGGAUGGCAGGCGAGCGCGUGACAAAAGAUGGCACAGGGCUUCGGGGGGCCUGGUGGCGACAGGUUAGGCAGUUCAACCGUGUCAGCCCGGCUGUGGCUGAUGCUAUUGUCACUGCCUUCCCUUCUCCCCGCCUUCUGCAGCAGGCGUACUUGGCCUGCAGCACUGAUCAAGAGCGCCUGGCCCUCCUGGCUGAUCUCCCCGUGAAGGUGGAUGAAGGCGCUCGGCCCCGGAGGGUGGGGCCUGACCUUUCCCGUCGCAUCUGCCUCUUCCUGACCUCCACCAACCCUGACCUCCUGCUGGAUCUGAGCUCCUGACCUGCAGGGCCUUCUCCCACCAACACUGAACAGAAGGCACCCCAACAAGGAAGAGACCAGAAACCAAAGGGGUGGGGGGAGGAGAGCUCACCCAGCACAGCUGUCCCUCAGCCUGGGGAGGCUCAGCCAGGUCUGAACCCAGGGGAGGCGCAGGUAGAGGAAAGGCUCUGGGUAACGAGCAGAAGAGGAAACUCCACGUGGGGCUGGAGGCUGGGGCAAGGCCCUGCACACAGUGGCUGCAGGCCUGGGGCCAACUGGGACAGCGGGAAGUUGGGUAGCACCUAAGACCCUGCUGGGGACAUGCACCAGUCACCUGGAGGCGUGGGGGUGGCACCUUCACAGAGAAGUGAGACAGAGUCUCGAGGGAGAAAAAAGAGCCA